UAUUUAUAAAAUGCUAUUUGAUACUAUUGAAAAAGUGUGUUUGAAACAUAAUUCUUCUACAGAACAAUCUAACAAGAUUCAAAUAAUUUUGAGUAACAUAUUUAAUAUUUUAUGUAAAGCAGGAUCAAUUCAUGUUGUAUCUAUAAAUAUGGCAAUAAUAGAAUUAGUUUCAAAAUUACUGCUUUCUGAUAAAAUUAAAGUUACCAACAAAUUGUCUGGAGCAAUGUGUAACGUGAUUAAAAGAUUACUUGAUGAUGAAAUUGUUGAUCCUAAUACAAUUAUUGAAAAAUUACCAUUGUGUCAAUUGAUCAAUGUAUCUUCACCUGGAAUGAAUGUGCUAUUUGAAUUUUUUAUUUUACAAGAGUUAAAAAACAGUAAUGAAAUGAUUGGUAAAAAAAACGAUAAUGAAAAUUUAUUCUUUGGCGAUGAAAAAAACAAUUCAACCAAUAUGAAAAUGCUAAGUUUAAUUUGGCAUCAACUGUGGAAAAAYCUAAAUCAAACUUUACAAUCUUCUACUGAAAUUCUUACUGCAAAAGAGUUUCAAAUCAUAAAUACUACUACAAGUCUUGCUCAUCAUUUAGACAUGACUUUAAAAAAUGAAAACUAUCAAUUUUUGCAAAAUAUUAAUACUAAUAAAUUGUUAAGUAAAAUUAUGGACUAUGUUGUAAACCACGAUGAUCGUAUCACUUUAGAAACAUUGGUUUCUACAUGUGGCAGUCUAGUGAGCUUAAAAGAAAUUUCUUCCAUUUUAAAUAAUGAUACUAAAACAUUAAUUGCUAUUCUCUCUCUGCCAUGGAUGAGUUCUUCUAACAGCAUAUUCAGAAAUUUGGCAUUAUAUAAACAUCUAAAUGUUAUUGUGAGCAAGUAUUCUGCUUUACUGAAUGAUAAACGAAUAAUGCAGAAGUGUGUUACUUAUAUUAGUCAUAUACAAAUUAAUAUGUUGCAUGAUUGGAGGCAAAAUAUUGUUGUUUCAUCACUUAGAAAUAAAAAUAUAUGUGAAACAUCAAUUCUAAAUUUGCCAUUUUUAUUUCAUAAGCAAAAAAAUCAAAAUAUUUCUAUUUUAUUUGAAAUAAUUGAAGAUUUUGAUGAGAUCACAAAUAUUGUAUUUGUUAAAAACUUAAGGAUUCUCAUGUGUUCUAUGUAUGGUAAAACAAUUAGUCAAUAUAAUAAAACUUUUUGCCAAGAUGAAUUAUUUUGUAUUGAUUGUGAUCGAAAUAAAAUUCAGCUGAAUUCGCAAAUAUGUUSAAUAGAUGAUACUUGUAAAAAAACGUUAGAUGAUUUUUGGAAAAUAUUACUUUUAUCAUUUGUUAACAAUUCAAAUACAAUCAUCAGAUGUGAAGUCAUUAGAAACAUACCAAUGAUAAUAAACCAUUUUUAUCCAGAUAGUUCUUUUAGAAAACAUAUGUUGAUGUUGAUUAAUGACAAAGAUGAAGAAGUACGCAUUCAGAGUUCAAAAAUUUUAAACUCCAUUAUUUUUGAAAAAGAUUUAUCUGGAAAUAUUGAAAUAGUUGAAUCAGUUUUUUAUCAAACUUUAAAUAUACUUUGUUCAACUGUAAAUACUAGUUUGAAAGUUGGAAAUAAUGAGCUUCAAUAUACUUGCUUAGAAACUAUCUUCAAUAUUGGGCGUGUGCCAAUUGACUCAACUAUUCUUCCAUCAAUGGAAUUCAUGUUUCUAUUUUUAAUUCAUCCAAAUUCUUAUUAUGGAAGUGUCGCAAAAUUUUAUAUGACUGAAAUUGCUGCAGCUCAUAAAACAAAAUUUUUAGUAAUAUUUGAUAGAUAUGAAACUGAAUUAAUGCAAUACAUUGCUGAUAAUUUAGUUGCAUGUUAUCAUACAUACCAUCCUAACAUUGAUGUGAAAAAAACAUACAACAAAUUAGGGUUCACACAUAGAGAUAUGUAUGCGAUAAAGCAAAUUAUUAAAUAUAUAUUUCCUUGGUGUAUUAAAAAGCCAGGAACAAGGAAAAUAUUAAGUGAAAUUGCUUCAUUAUCACAAAAAACAGAGAGCACUUUGGUUAAAGAAUCAUUUAAAUACUGUUUUUCUCAUCUAUUACUUUCUGAAGAUAUAGAAAUUCGUAAACAAGGCUGUUUACUUUUAGAAGAAAUAACAGAUACUCCUUUAGUGCAUUUGGUCAGACUUUCAUUUACUCCAAUUAUAGCUGAGAUACUAACACAUUUCCAUUCAAAACAUGAUCAAGCUACUGAAGCUAUUAAAAUAAUACAAACCUAUGAUGUUUUAUUUAAUGUAAAAAAUGAUACAUCAAUUGUUAAUUUUGCAGAUUUUCUAUCCCCGAGAUUUUUGGGCCUUCUAAUGAUUUUAGAAUCAAGAUUAGUAAAAAAUUCAUCUGAUUCUAUUAAGGAAAACAUUUUAUUAUCAUUAGGGGAUAUUUUCAAACUAAUGGGCAGUCGCUUUGUGACACCAGCAAGGUUUAAAAUAUUGGCUAUGUUACGUACAGCCAUAUCCUUAAAAAACAGAGCUUUCGUGUACCUAGGGUUAAAAGCCUGGGAUUCAUUUAUUCAUUGUGUUCAUAUGGAAGUGUUGGGGCCUAUGUUAAGCUCCAUAUUUGUAUCUCUUAUGCCACUACUAGAUAUUUAUCCAAACAAAGUCGCCAAUAUGUUUUAUUUUAUGGUUAAAGAGAAUGAAAAAUAUCUGGGAAAUCAUAUAGCUGAAUUAUAUUUUUUAGACCCACAUCCAGCCAAUCCUAUAGUUUACAGUAUAGUUCAAAAAUAUUCAAAAAAUGUAUUCAAACAACCAUUGAAUAAGUUAUUAAUAUGGUUACUGGAUAUUGUGGCUCAUACAACAUUGGAAGUUAAACUUCAUGGCUUAAAACGACUACAUUCAGAACUUUCAGUUCAGCAGUCUGAAGUAACUAAAUUGAUAUUGUCCAGUGAUAAUGUUAAUUCUGUAAUUAUUGAGUUAUUAGAAGUUUUAACUGAAAAUUUACGACAUCAUGAUAAAAGAGUGAGAUUUGCUAGCAGUGAAUGUUUGGGAAAAAUUGGAGCAUUAGAUCCCAGUUAUUUACCAAAUAAUAUCAUUAAAGAAGGGCGAAACAAAGAGUUUCCACUAGAUAUAAAAAGCAAUGACUUUGCCAUACGCGCAAUUACAAUAUUAGGACAAGGUUUACAAUCUGCUAGAAAUUCUCGGUACAUGGAUUCUUUUGCAGUUGCAAUACAAAAAAUUUUACAAGUUUAUAAUGUGAAAAAAGACUCAGAAAUCUGGUCAUCUAUCCCAAGCUCAUUACACGAAAUUAUUGAUCCACUUUCUUCAUCUCGCUACACUUUGGAAACAGAACAAUACCAAACAGCAAUGCCACAUCCAAUAUUUGGAUCUGGAAAAAGUAGUACAUUAAACUUGUGGGCUUAUAAUUGGGUCAAUCGCCUUGUUCCUUUGAUUAAUGAUGAAUAUGCCAAACGUAUUUUUGUAUAUUGUAAAUCAAGCAUACGAUCAGAUACUGAAGCAAUGCUUUUAUUUUUACCAUAUGUUUUACUCUACGCAAUUUUAAGUACAAAUGCUGAUGGCAAUUUAAUAUACGAAGAACUUUUAGCUGUAAUUAGCAGUGAUGUAGAUGAUACAACAACAAAUAACACAAAUAUUCCAGAAACUAUUAAUGACAUUAUGGCUGGUAGACAAAUCGCUAUGGAAUAUGAAAUUACCAAUUCUUCAGAACAACAAAAUGAAACUACUACUCGUGUAAUGUAUGUUAAAACAGCCUUCACAUUAUUUGAUUUUUUAUUUAAAUGGACUCGUGAACAAAAAGCAUCAAAGAACAGUAUCUGUGAACCAGUUAUGAAUUUUUUAACAAGAUUUUGUAAAUUAAAAUUGGCUGAAAAAUCACUUGAGUAUGAUGAAUAUGCUCGAGCGCUUUUGUAUCUUGAAGAUUACAUUCAUGAAAACAAAGAAAGACUUCAAGAUCAUCUACCAACUCUCUCUCAAAUUUAUUCUAAGCUAAAUGAUGCUGAUAGUCUCAAAGGUAUUAUUGCUGUUCAUGAUAAUGAUCCAUCACCUCAAGAAAUGAUACUUUUACAUGAAGUUAAUGGACAAUUACAAGAUGCAGCUGCUUGCUAUGAAAAAUUAGCACAAAUGUAUUCCGACCCUAGUUUAGAAUUUCAUAAAGGUAUGGUUAAAUGCUAUUUAGGCAUUGAUCAACCAUUCACAGCAUUAAAAAUAGCUGAAGGCUUAACAAACAUCAAAUCAGAUUGUCAAAACACAUUAUUUGGUGAAAAAGCUGAAGCUACAUGGAGUCUUAUGAUGUUUGAUAAAUUAAAAGAACUUUUGACUGAAAAACCAUUAAAUGCUAGUGAAAGUUGGGGUGUUUGUAUUGGUCAAGCUUUAGUAUACUUUUUACAUAAAGAUAAAAACAGUGUACGUAAAGAAAUUUCCUCUAUUACAAAUCUAGUCACAGAAUCUCUUUACAUGUCAAUGGUUGGAUCUGCUGGAUACAAGGAGGCAUAUCCAUUUAUUGUUAAGUUGCAUAUUCUGAAUGAGAUGGAACAAAUAUUUGACACUAUACUAAAAAUAGUGGAUGGUGAUACUUCCGUAAAUACUAAAUUAAAAGAACUGAUUACUAAUGAAAUGGAUGAACGACUACAGUGUUUACAACCUCAAGCAUAUGUUUUACAGCAAGUUCUAUGUAUGCGUAGAGUUGUAUUGACUGCUGCUCAACAUUUAGUUACUGAUGAAUUAAAGCCUAUUAUCAACCAUCAAAUUGGUAUAAGCUGGUUGAAAAGUAUUAAAGUUGCAAGAAAAUCUCUAAAUUUUCAACAAGCAUAUUCAAAUAUACUAGCAGCUGAAAAGUAUAAACCUACAGAGCUUUUUAUUGAGAAAGCUAAAUUGUUGUGGAAAAAAUCUGAUCAAGGACAAGCAAUCGCUACUUUAAAAAAAGGGAUUAAUAUGCUUUUUCCAAAUAUGGACAUUAUUAAAACUUUACCAUGUGAUGAAAAAAUUGAAGAACGAAAAACAUGUGCCUCUGCUUUAUUAUUAUUAUCUAAGUAUAAUGAUAAAACUGUAAAUGUAGAUUUGGAAUCUAAUUUAUCAAAUAUCGAAAAUGCUUAUGAAAUGUUUGGAAUGUGGGAAAAAAGUCUUGUGAGGUUGGCACAUUAUCAAGAUCGUAUUCUCAACACUAUGACUCCUGCAGUCUAUUAUACAAAAGGACUAAACUUAAUUAACAACAUAAUUCAUUGUUAUGGUUUGUCGUUACAAUAUGGUUGUGAGUAUAUAUACCAGUCAAUGCCCAAAAUGUUGAGUGUUUGGUUGGAUUUUGGAAGUGACUUUAAUCGAGAUUUAAAAAAAAAAAAUUGUAAAACUUCACUUUAUUUGGUGGAACGAAAAAGAACAUUUAUAAAGAUGACUAAACUCAUAGAAGGAUUUAUGUUGCGAUUGCCAACAUUUAUGUUCCUAACUGCUUUUUCUCAAAUAACAUCUAGAAUAUGUCAUCCGUUAGAAGAAUGUUUUAAAACUUUGACUGAUAUCAUAGUUAAGUGCAUACUUGACUAUCCCAAUCAUUCUCUAUGGAUGUUGAUGACUCUACAUAAAUCACCAUUUUCUGUAAGAGUGAGUAGAUUCAAUUCCAUUCUCAAACAUUCGAAAUUGGUUAAAGUUAAAACACUGUUGGUCCAAUUUAUGGAAUUAUUUGAAAAUUUAUCAGAAUUGUGUAACACAAGUCCUCAAAAUGCACCAGUUGGUGUUAAAUUUCCUUUACAGAAAAUUGCAAAAAAUUUACCACGUUUGCUAACAAAUGGUUAUUUUAGCAACAUUAUGGUACCUGCCCAAAAGUUUCGCACUUUGAUAUUACCACGCAUUAAUUCUAACCGUAAUACAAAACAUAAUCCAUUUCCAGAUGAUCUUGUUUAUAUUCAUGGAAUCAAAGACGAGGUUUAUAUUUUUAGUUCACUUCAAAAACCAAAACGCAUUAUAAUUUUGGGUUCUGAUGGUAAUGAAUAUCCAAUGAUGUGUAAACCUAAAGAUGAUAUAAGAAUUGAUUCAAGAUUAAUGGAGUUUAAUAACAUUGUUAAUAUGUAUUUAAAAAGAGACCCAGAAGCCAGGGAUAGAAAUCUUUUCAUAAAAACAUAUAGUGUGGUACCUAUGAUACUUGACUGUGGUCUCAUUGAAUUGGUUCAAAAUGUAGUUACUUUGCGAAGUGUCAUUUUAAGCUGCUAUGAGGCAAUUGGAAUUAAAGUAUCAAAAAGCACUUUACAAGGAUUGGUUUGCAAUAUAAAAGAUUCUUUGGAAAAAAAAAGAUCAAUUUUUGUAAAUAAAGCAAUACCAAAUCAUCCACCUGUGUUUAGAAAUUGGUAUCUUAAAGAAUUUCCUAGUCCAGGAGAGUGGUAUAUAGCUAGAAGUGAGUUUACUAGAACAACAGCAGUCAUAUCUAUUGUUGGUUAUAUUUUGGGACUUGGUGAUCGUCAUGGGGAAAAUAUUUUAUUAGAUUCAACUAAUGGUGGUGUAGUUCAUGUUGAUUUCAAUUGCUUAUUCAAUCGAGGUGAAAAGUUCGAAUGGCCAGAACGAGUACCAUUUCGUAUGACUCAUAAUAUGGUAGAUGCAAUGGGAACUGGUGGACUUGAAGGAAUGUUAUCCAGUGCUUGUGAAAUAACUAAUCGCGUUAUGCGAUCUCAUACUGAACAGUUGGUUAGUGUACUCAAACCAUUUUUAUACGAUCCUUUAGUCAUGUGGACUGGCCGUGACACUAUAGUUGAUGAAAAUUCUGAGAUGGCAAAUGAUCAAGCUAAAGAACAUUUGAAUAAUAUUGAAAUGCGUCUUCAAGGAUAUGUAAGAGCUAAUUUAAAAAAUUCUUCCAUGCCACUUUCAGUUGCAGGACAAACACGUAAGCUUAUCGAAGAAGCAAUUUCAGUAGAUAAUUUAUGUCAAAUGUAUAUAGGUUGGAGUGCAUUUCUGUGAUAUUAAUGAUAGUAUUAAGAGUUGGCUUAUCAUUAAUUUAUUAUAAAAGAUUUAAACUUUCUAGAGGUAUUUUAAAUCAAAUUCGCGCAUUGUCAAUUGUAUUUUUUUUAUUUAUUAAGUGAUUAAUGUUAUGA